AUGAUACUAGACAAAUUUAAAAAUAUUGUAAAUAUUAGUAAUAGUAAUACAGAAAAAGAAGAAGGAAAAAAUGCAGAAAUAAAUGAAAAUAAUGAUCCAAAUACCCAGCUAGCUCAUGAACCUUCUAUUGUUGAAGCAGAUGAAAAAACAUUUUUUGAUGAAAUGUUAGGAGCUCCUCAAUAUACUUAUGAUGAAUUUUUACAAGUAUUAAAAAAUCCCAUAGAAGAAAGAGGAGAUACAGAGGAUAUGAAAAAGCAUUGGGGAUAUCCUAGGAGAUGGAAAGUUAUUUUGUGGGAUUUACAUAUACAAAAUUAUAUGAAUAAUGAUUUUAAUGCUUUUGUAGAUUUUGAUUUUGGUGGUAACAGGGAAGAGUGUAGAAUACAAAGAGGGUCCACUAUGAAGAUUUAUGCAAAGGGGAAAACAAAAAACUGCCUACGAACUCCUGUAGUAACAAAUGUAGCAACUGAACAAAAAAAAAAUAUGAACUUUAGAAACGUUUUUGAAUAUAGAGGUUCCUAUUUAGAUUUAGAGAAUGAAAAAUUAAGAAUAAGAGUAUGGGAAUAUAAACAAUUUACAUUAAACAAAUUAGAAGGAAUAUAUGAAGAACCAUUAUUAUCAUUUGCUGUUGGAGAAAUAUAUAAUGAAACCACUUUAUAUAAAUUUAUUAAAGAUUCGAGAGUUAAACGAUGUCGUUUAUACUUUCAAUUAUAUUUUCAGGAGCUUUAUGAUUUCGAAUUAUCAUUUUUAAAUUGGUCCUUUAGUGAUUUAUUAUCAUCUUCUUAUAUACAAGCAAAAAGUUAUAAUUAUCUUUCUAAUAAAAAUAAUGUAAACAAAAGAUAUAUAGAUGAUACAUCUUGUAAUAUUUUCCCUCAUGUGUGUAAAAAUUUUAAAAGAUUUCAUAAAAAAAAAAUUUAUAGAAAGGUUAGAAAUUAUGAUAUAGACAAAAACUUAUCAUUCAAUACAGCAUUAUCUGACGAUUCUGAUGAGCGAAAAAAAAAAAAUGAUAGAACAAUUAAAAAUUUGGAAAAAUUAUUUGUCCGUAAUUUAACAUUAAUGCAAAAUAUUGAAGAAAAUGAAGAUAUGUCAUAUAAAAACCUCCAAAAUAUUAAUUUACCUAAUCCAAGAGUGACCAUUACUUUAUCUCAUACUCCUAAAGGACACGAGGGGUUAAAUAUUAUAUCUAUCGAACAAAAAAGUAUUAGAUUUCCUAUAUGGGAAAAUCUAGGAGAAAUUUAUUUUAGGGGUACCUUGAGGGACCUGGACGUAUCCUACUUAAAUAUAAAAGUAGAAGACAUGUCAGCACCAAAAAGUGCUAGAGAAAUUGGUACGUGUCAAAUUUCCCUCAAAGGUAUUGUAGACUAUCCAUAUGUUAUGCAUGAAUUAGAGGCACCGUCUUGGUUAAUCAAAGAAGCAAAAUAUGAAGGAUGGGAAAAUAAAUUAAAUGAAUGGAAAUUAGGAACAGUCGAAGGUAAAGUAAUAAUUAAUCGAGUACCUCGUUAUAGACAAAGAGGUGACAUAUAUCAUAUUGAUUCUAAACAACCUUAUUUAAUUGUACAUAUAUUUAAUAUUGAUAAGAUAAUAACUGUUGAUAAUAUAAAAGAACUUGAUACAUAUGUUGAAGUGUCAUUUGAUGAAACUAGUAGGAGAACAAGAUUAAUGAAGAAGACAUUGAGCCCAAAUUAUGAUAGUCAAAUUUCUAUUCCCUUAAGAUUUAAUAAUAAGAAUGAUAUAAAUUAUGAGAAUCUUAGUAAAAAAGGACUUAUAUAUAUAGAUGUAUGGGGUAAAUCAGAAGAUAUUGUAUAUAUUGGUGGUAUUUCUAUUAGUCCUUAUGAAAUAUUUUUUAAUGAAAAAAAUGUUCGAAGAAAUAAAACAAAAUUAGAACAUAUAGAUUUAGAAACAAAUGUAAAGAUUACUUAUGAUACAGUUGUUUAUAGAGGUUGUAAAAAAUUAUCUUUUUUACAUGAUGAUCAAAGAAUGUCAAAUAUUCAUUUUAGUAUAUGGACAUAUCCAGAUAUAUUAGGAAAUAGUUCUAACCAAAAAAAAAUUGUAGCUCCCGUAUCUUUUAAUACUACUAUGAAUUUUCCUAUAAAAUUAGCUGAAAAAUAUAAUAAAUUAAAAAAAUUAUAUAUGGAAGUACUAAAAACUAUAAAGUCUAUACCUGAAAAUUGUACAGAUGUCAAUACUUCACCAAGAUUUUAUAAUUAUGAAUUAAUAAAUCAAAGAAAAGAAAAACAUUUUUUACCUACAUUAAUUACUAGUAUUAAAUCACCAUAUUGUGCCGAAUCUAUGAAUGCAAUAUUUCAUUAUGUUAGAUGUAUACCAUUUAUACAUAAAAAGGAAAAUAUUAUUUUUACUCCUGACUUUACCUUACAAUUAAAAGGUGGAAAUGCAUUAGAUCAUAGUUUAUUAUUGUGUAGUUUAUUUUUAGGUAUUCCUGUUUUAGCCUUUGUAUGUUUUGGUACUUUAUGGGAUAAACAGAAACAUUCAUGGGUUGCUACAUUUGAAUAUAAUGAAGAAAAAAAUUAUGGGAUAGUGAAGUUCUGGGAAACUACUACUGGUAAUGUAUAUAUAUUAAAAAAGAGAUUUAUUGAUCAUAAUAGAUUAAAAGGAUUAGAACUAAAAUUAAAAGAAUCAAAAUAUAAAUCUCAUUUAAGAAAUGGAUUUCUACAAAGAUAUGAAAAUAAUACAGAUAUUAACUAUAUUAAAGAACAAACUAAAAGACAUAUAAAACAAUUAUUUAAAAAUAGAAUAAAUGAUAUACCUAUUGGUGGUCCUUCUUUACCAUAUAAAACUAUUGAUUUAAUAUUUAAUCAUAAAAAUAUUUAUGUUAAUUUACAACAUUCUAGUCCUUUAAAUAUUUGGUAUGAUUAUUGGAAAUUCGAUUUUUGGUUUCCUUUUUCAUCUAUUGAAUAUAGUUUACAACCAUCUUUUACAAUCAAAAGUUUCACACACAAAAUGGAAGAUAUGGAACUAGAUAAAAUAGCUAAAGAAUUAAGAACUAAUAUUGAAAAAAAUAUUAAUAUAUAUAGAGCCUCUAGAAAUUUAUCCACUAGAUGGAAUCGUGAUGAAACCCUAGAAAUUUUCUUACAAGUAGGAUUAGAAUUAUUACACCAAUUAAAUACAUCUAGAAAAGAAGAUGUAUUAUUAGCUAAACUUAAAAUAGAAGAUUGGAAAAAAGCCUUGUAUCAUAAAGUACCUCAAAGUCAUCGUUUGUUAGGAUUCCCAUAUCAUUUUAAUACAUACAAAUCCAAAUUUAUAUCUGAUAAAUUAAUAAGUACAUUAGCUAUCUUAGAAUCAAGAGAUCGAUCCCUCUGUUUAUCUCUUGCUGUUUGUUUGUAUAGUCUUCCUGGAAAUUUUAUAUCAUGUUAUAUUUAUAUUAUCACAUGUGUCAAAAUUACACAAAGGGAGUUGCGUAAGAUGGAGAUAAUAAAGGAGAAGGCGCAGAGGAUGGCAGAAAUAAAAAACUCGCAAAAGAAAAAAAAGAGUUCAGAUGAUCAGAAUAUAGAUAUAAAAACUAUGGAUGAUGUAGAAGAAAAAGAAAUAUUUUCAUCAACUAAUUUAGACGAUACGCUCCAUGAUGAUCACACCGAUAUAAAUACAGAAAAAAAAAAACAUGAAAAAGAUAAUUAUAAAAAUAAGAAAAUUAAAAAUACUAAAUUGAAAGAUGCCAAUAUAGAUAAUGAAGAAAAAGAAGAUCAUCAUCACAUAACAGAUAAAAAGGUAAGUAAAUCUUCAGAUUUAAUACAUUCAUUUGAUAAAAACGAUAUUUCUAAAAAUACAUUUGAUAAAGAGGAAUUUAUUAAUAAUUUAGAUAAGGAUAAAAAAUAUAGCUCUUUAAAAAAAGGAAAUGUAGUAAAUAAAAAGGUUUUUAUAAAAAACGAACCCAGUAUAAACAUUUAUGAAAAUCAUAAAAUAUAUGACGAUGGAAAUAUUUAUAAUGAUAUAGAUAAUAUGGAAAAUAAUCAAGAUGAAAUAUAUAAUUUGAGACAAGGAAAAACUAUCAUCAAUGAAUUUCAACAAGUAAAGGAACCCCAAAAAUAUACAAUAAAUGAAAAAUGUGAUGAUAUUAAAACAAAAAAAAAAAGAAGUAAAGAAAAAAAAAAACAGGAUAAAUUAGAGUUCGACAAAUUAAUACAAUCAAAUGCUUAUUUUGAACAAGAAAAAAAAAAACUACAAGAAGAUAUUAUAAAAUUAGAAAAAGACAAAGAACAAUUUCAAAAGGAAAAAAUUCGUAGGGAAGAAAAGGAAAAACAGCUACUUCUUGAAGAAAAAAUUAAAUUACAAAAGGAAAAAGAACUUUUUGAAAAUGAAAAAUUAGAAAGGAAAAUGUCAUAUAUGCUUAAAAUUAAUGAAUUGGAGAAAAAAAAAAAUGAAAGAAACAAAAUGGAAGAGAGCUACAAAAGGAUGAUCCAAAAGGAUAAGGAAAAAAAAAAAAAAAAGGAAAGGAAAGACAAAAUCAGAAGGGGAGAGGAAGAAAAAAUUAGUGCAGAUGAAAAUAUCAGGGAAGAACAGAAAAUGAGGGAGGAGGAAAAAAUGAGGGAAGAACAAAAAAUGAGGGAGGAACAAAAAAUGAGGGAAGAACAAAAAAUGAGGGAGGAGGAAAAAAUUAGGGAAGAACAAAAAAUGAGGGAGGAGGAAAAAAUUAGGGAAGAACAAAAAAUGAGGGAGGAGGAAAAAAUUAGGGAAGAAGAACAAAUGAAAAGAGAGAAAAAAAUGAAAAGAGAAGAAAAAAAAAAAAGAGUACAAGAACCAAUAAAAAUAGAUGAAAUACAAGAGUAUGAUAUAAUAAAGAAUGAAAAAAUGAAGAAAAAAGAAGAAAAAGAGGAAAAGAAAAGAAAGAAAAAAAAAGAGGAUAUAGAAGAUAAAUACAAAAUAGGAAAGCAAGCAACAUUCGAUGAGAAUAAUAAUGAAAGAGAAAUAAAAUCAAAGAACAUACAAGAAAUAAGUGAUUAUGAAUAUGAUAAGAAUAUAAAAGAGAAUAAAUAUUUAAAUAAAUUUGAUGAAAAAUUAGAUUUGAAUCAAAUUUAUUCAAAAGCGUCAAAUUUUUAUGAUAACCAAGAAAAGAAAAGGCGAACCAUAAAAGUCCAUGCUAAUCGUAAAGAAAACAGUGAUUCCACGUUUAGUCAUAUAGAUGAUAGUAUUAGGAAUAAAAAAGAAUACCUCGAAGAUAGUAACAUUGCAAGAUAUUUGUAUGAAAAAAGAAAACAUGAUCUUAUAGGAAAAGGAAAUUAUAAUUUCGAUGAACCACAUUAUGGUAAGAAAAUGAAUAAUGUAGCAUAUGAAGAUAUAAAAGGAAGUAAUCUAUUUAAAGGUUUUAUAGAAGAACCAUCUUCUAAAAAAUCACCACAAAAAAAAAAAAUUGUCAUCGUCCGAAAAAAUUAA